CCUACAACUCACACGCUUAGUUUGUUUUUAUUCCAUCAUUAUUCAUGUACUUUGAACACAAAUGACAACUAUGCUUAUGACAAUACUUUUGUUUAAAAUAAUAGAUGGAAAAAACCUCAUCGAAAAAUCUGUGCCCGAAGGACGAAUAAUAGGAGCUAACUAUUUGGAUCAAGAUGGAACGCCGCUACUUCACAUGACGAAGGAAUGUCUUGCCACAUAUUUUAUAUCCUACAUAGUACCAAAGGGUUCAUCGUUGUUAAAUACUUUUAAUAAAGUCAUUCUUAGACUAGUUGAAAGCGGAUUAACAUGGAAGGCAUUUUAA